GAUUUUGGAAUUAGUCAACGCUUCCGCUUCUCUUCGUCAGCAGUCAGCAGUCAGCAAGUCAACACUACAGCUUCGAGAUGAAACCCUUUGCCUGCAUUCUUGUGAUCCUCGCCACCAUCCUGGCCGUCGGCCAGGCCUCGCUCGGCGGUCUGCUUGGCGGUGGCGGCGGCGGCGGCGGGGGUGGCGGCGGUGCUGGCGGCAUUGCCCAGCUCCUGCAGAGCAAAUUGGGCGGUCUCGGCGGUGGACUUGGAGGAGGACAAGGCGGUGGAUACUCUGGCGGCGGCGGCGGCGGCGGCGGAUACUCCGGCGGUGGUGGAUACUCCGGCGGCAGUGGAUACUCCGGCGGCGGUGGAUACUCUGGCGGCGGUGGAUACUCUGCCCCAGCUCCCAGGCCCGUGGAGAAGGUCAUCAUUGUCAAGGUCAUCAGCGAGGGACAGUCCGGAGGAGGCUACUCCGGCGGCCAGUCUGGUGGCUGGUCCAAUGGCGGCCAGUCUGGCGGCUACUCCGGCGGCUACUCCGGCGCCCAGUCUGGCGGUUACUCCGGCGGCCAGUCUGGUGGCUGGAACAAGGGCUGGUAAAUAAUCCACCCAAGUCCCGACCCCACCCCACC